CACUAAAAGAAAAAAAAAAAAUGCAACGAGCGACAAUGCAGCCUGCAACUGGUAAAAGAGUGUUUGACGUCAGCCCCAAGCGCUGGGGUGGAGUUCGGCGGUAAAGAGAGAGUGAAGAUGGAUGGAGGGAAAUGGUUGGAGAUGCACAACCCUGGUUCAUCAUGACGAGGAGCUGCAGCGCCCCGGUACUUCUAGUUCUACUUCGACUACGGCUACUGGCCCGGCUACGGCGGAGGAAGAUCGGAGGGGGCACGUCGCAUCCAUCAUCGAUCGAAGCCCAACCCGGUUGGCUGCAUGGCCUGUUUUACCUGGCGCUUCUUUGGCCGUUCCGUGGCUGCUUCACGGCUCAAUGCCACGCUGCCCGGCCAGUGGUCCGUAAAAAUAUCACAAACCGACAGCCAGACUCUUCGAAAGUCCAACCCACUGAAUGGCUACCCAUGAAAGAAAGAACAGAAACAAACCCCUCCCAGGGGGUGCCAGGAGUCGGCGGUUCAUCAGGGGCAAUCAAAGGAACGGACCGGCAAGGCCAGGCAUCGAUAUUUCGCCCAUGUCGGACCUCAGCCAGUGGUGCUAGAGCGGCGACUAUUGCGACGACGUGCUCCUCAUCAGCCGAGAUGAUCAACUACUGGCUGCGGAAGACUAAGAAGUAAUAGUCCCUGGCCCAAAUGGAGCCGAAAUGGAGCCUCAUGGAAAUUGGCAGUGGGUUUGGGGCGAAGGUGUGACAGCGCCGGGCGGCCCUGCAAACCCAAACGGGCGUCUAGUGCGCUCUAUGGGCAUGGCAGUGGCAGCGAAGGGGUGGCUCACUGGCUGGGUUGGGUUGCUUUGUGAUGACAUCAAAGGAUAGAGUAGUUAACUAACUAACAAUGGCUCAAUGCUACACAGG